AUGAGGUUCUCGGUUCUUACAACCGUCCUCCUCGCCGUAUCCAGCACGCAGGCUCGGCCUCUGAAUAACCAACGGCGACAUGAAGUAGCUACCUCGCCAACGCCGACUGGUCCGCCGUCUGGGACGCAAUCAACCUCACCAGGUGGGGACCCACCAGCGGUGCCGCCAGCGACUGUACCAACGGCGCCUCAACCCGGUACGCCACAACCUGGAAACGUAGCAGGCGAAAUUGAAAAAGCCAAAGCCGCCAUCCAAGAUGCUGCUGCCACUAUCGCAAAGCUUUUAGAUGGGUUUGUAGCUGGUAACAAGGCACCAAACAAUGGCGCACCUGCACCCGCACCUGCUGCAACUAUCAAUGGGGCCGACCCCCCCGUCGCUACCACGCCUGCCGGUGCUAGCGAUCCCGCAAGAAGUCCUUCAGGGCCCGCAACGCAGAUCCCACCUCCUGUAACUCCAGGCGGACCCAAUCCUCCUGCCCCGGAGAUCCCACCUCCUGUAACUCCAGGCGGACCCAAUCCCCCCGCUCCAGGAGACACCACCGGUACUCCUGCCAACGUCCCAAAAGACGCCCCCAAAGCUACCCCAGGAGAGACCACCGGUACUCCUGUCGACGUCCCUAAAACCCCGGACGCCCCCAAAACUGCCCCAAGCCCCGGAGGUACUGGCGACAGCCCAAAAACUCCACAGACCCCACCUCCUGGAGGUAAUAAAAAUGGAACCGAAACUGGAGCUCCAAAAACAGGCGGGGAUAAAAAGACUCCUGAUGCUGGAACUGGGAAAAAGGAGACCGGAGCUGCAAAAACGGGCGAUGGUAAGAAGACUCCUGAUGCUGGAACUGGGAAAAAGGAGACCGGAGCUGCAAAAACCGGCGGUGAUAAGAAGACUGGAACUGGGAAAACGGACACUGGAGCUGCAAAAACGGGCGAUGGUAAGAAGACUCCUGAUGCUGGAACUGGGAAAAAGGAUACCGGAGCUGCAAAAACGGGCGAUGGUAAGAAGGCACCCGAUGCUGGAACUGGAGCAAAGAAAGGAGACGAGACCGCAGGAAAGACAACCGAUACUGGGGCAGGAAAGGCCAAAACUCCAGGCGCAAAGAUUCCGCUUCCGCCUGCUGGCACCAAUUCGACAGGUGCCCCCGCUAGCCAGGAGACUGCUGCUACUCCUACCACUCCUGGUAAAAAAACCCAACCCGUUACUAUAACCGGAACCCCGGAGGAAAUUCAAAAGAAAAUCGAUGCCAGUAUCGCUACCGUCACCGGUAAGGGAGGAGCUGCCCAAGGCGGCGGAGCGAAGAAAGGCGGAGCGAAAAAAGCUGGAGAUGCUAAAGCUGGAGAUGCCAAAGCCGGAGAUGCCAAAGCUGGAGAUGCUAAAGCUGGAGAUGCUAAAGCCGGAGAUGCCAAAGGCCAAAAGGGAGCCAAGGGGAAAGCCAAGGACGCCGGAGAUGCCAAAGGCCAAAAGGGAGCCAAGGGGAAAGGCAAGGACGACGGAGCUGCCAAGGGGAAGGCCAAAGACAAUGGAGCAGCCAAGGCGAAGGCCAAAGACGGCGGAGCAGCAGCCAAAACCCCAGAUGCUACCCCAGGAGCCGCCAAAGACGGUGGAGUAGCCAAAACCCCAGAUGCGAAAACCCCAGGUGCUAAAACCCCCGAUGCGAAAACCCCAGAUGCUACGCCGGGAGCCGCCAAAGACGGUGGAGCAGCCAAGGCCCCAGGAAAAGCCAAAGAAGACACAGGAGCAGUGAACAAUGGAGCAACCACCGAUACCACUGAAACAACAGUAGCACCCAAUCCUGACGAUAAUGACGACGGAGAUGGAUCCAACUUUACUGCCGCUUUCCUAGCACGGCGCAAUCCACAAGAUCCAAAGACGACGCCUGGAGGAGCAAAGACCGCACCUGGAGGAGCAGAUAAGGCACCUGGAGGAGCAAACAAGGCACCUGGAGGAGCAAACAAGGCACCUGGAAAGGCAGAGGACAGUUCUGUAGGAACAAAGGCGAAGCCUGGAGGAGAAAAGGAGGCACCCAAGCAAAAGUCGCCAGCGCUUCCCACUCUAAAGACCCCACCUGGAGGACCAGUGGUAAUAGCAAAUGCAAUCGUUUACUAG